AUGCGCAAGGCGCUCCUCACUUCGUCCGAGGUGUCGGCCCUCGUGUCCCUGACCGUCGUUGUUCUAUUCUCCGUCGCGCUCUUCCUCAGCGGCUACGCGCUGCAGCAGCGCACGCUACAGGACCUCCGGGCGGCGAUUCGUCCGGGACACUCGAGACCGUCGCCUAAGGCGCAUCUGCCAGACUACUUCCGGCGGGAGACGGUUAGGCUGCAGGACGGCACGGUGGAGGUACAGGAGAGCCCAGCGGACAAGGACGAGGAGGCGCGCAUAGCUAAGAAGUAUGAGCUGCAAGAGGACAAGACGGGGACGACGAGGGGGCGCGGGGACGACGUGAGACGGCAGGCGGAGCAGCGGCAGGGCAGUGCGCCAGGCGAGGCGCAGAGCUCGGGGCCAAAGAAGGAGGCGACGCCAGCGCAGUUGACGAUGCUGGAAACGAUCAAGCAGCGGGCUGCUGGGCAGACGUGGGGGGUCAGGCAUCCGGAUCCGCUGGCCAAGAAUGCCCGUCCGAUUACGAGGGCAGAGCGUAGGAAGCUCAUCAAGGACGAGAUCCAGAGGCUAGCGCAGGCCGACACGCCCGUAUAUUAUCAGCGGAGGUUGUGGUGA